UAUAUAGGCGGUUUAAUUUUACACAAAGUUACCUCCUGGCGGGCAAAAACCCUAAAAAAAACAACCUCCCUCCGAAUCCAAAUCCAUUUUUCCAAUUUCACGCUCUUUGUCAGUAGCUGGAUCUUUUUAUCACGAAUUUUUUCUGGUUAAUGGGAGGAAUCAACAGAUGGACUUGAAUGCAUCCCCGUCACCAGAGGAAGAUGACUCGAUACAUGUGAACACUUUGAAUUAUCAGCUUGCUGGACGAGAGAGAGUGACAGGAUUUGAGAACAUGAACCAAGAGAGAGCAAAUGGGGGAUCUAAAAGAAGAUACAUGGAAGUUGACUCAAUGCAUAUGUCCCGGCCGUCUAAGCGUAGUCAUGGAUUCCAGAGUGGAAACAAUGGAUCAUAUGACCGGAAUAGUCUUCCUCCAGGUUGGUUGGACUGCCCUCCAUAUGGGGAUGCAAUAAGCUUCAUUAUCCCUUCAAAAGUUCCUCUUGGAGAGUCUUUUAAUGACAAAAUUGUCAUUGAUAAACUAUAUUCGCCUCAACUUGCAAUUCGUGAGCAAAGGCGUUUAGGGAGAGAACUAGGGUUGGUAAUAGAUCUGACAAACACCAAUCGAUACUAUCCUGAGUCAGAUUGGACGAGAGAAUGUAUUAAAUAUGUUAAGAUCAGGUGUGCAGGAAGGGAUGCAGUACCUGAUAGCGAAUCUGUAGAAAAAUUCAUUCAGGAGGUGACCCGUUUCAGCUCCCAACAUACUCGAUCAAAUAAGUAUGUCCUUGUCCAUUGUACACAUGGCCAUAACAGGACAGGUUAUAUGAUUGUUCAUUAUCUUAUACAGUCAGAAUCACUUUCCGUCACAGAGGCGAUAAGCAGAUUUUAUGAAGCGCGUCCUCCGGGAAUUUACAAACAAGAUUAUAUUGACGAUCUAUACAAUUUUUUUGGUGAACAAAAGCCCGAGACCUUUGUUUGCCCUCCAACCCCAGAAUGGAAGAGGUCACCUGAUCAGGAUGAUGAUGCAACUGCUGGUUUGCAGGACUAUGAUGUGCAAGCAAGUGAGAUGAGAAAUGUUUUUGGAUCAGGUGAGAUGGCAAAUGUUGCGGGAGGAGGGGAGAUGUCAAAUGCUUUGGGAGGAAGCGAGAUGACACAUGCUAUGGGAUAUAGUAAGAUGACAAAUGAUGACAUAUUGGGAGGUAACGUGCCAUAUAAUCAGAUAGAGUCAAUGAGACAUUUUUGCAAUCAAGCUCUCAAGUUGAGUGUACGGGGCCGAGGAAAACCGCAAUUUCCAGGGUCACACCCUGUUUCUCUUAGCAGGGAUAAUUUACAACUCCUGAGGCAGCGGUACUACUAUGCCACAUGGAAAGCUGACGGAACACGAUAUUUGAUGUUAAUAACUUGGAAUGGAUGUUAUCUGAUUGAUAGAAAUUUCAAUUUCCGUAGUGUUGAAUUGCGGUUUCCAUGUGGAAACGUGAAUGAGGGUGCAGCUGGAAAUACUCAUAACUACACCUUACUUGAUGGAGAAAUGAUAAUUGAUACUGACCCGAGCACACACAAGCAGGAAAGAAGAUAUCUGAUUUAUGAUCUGAUAGCAAUCAACAAAACAUCACUUGUAGAUCAUCCUUUCAGUAGCAGGUGGAUGAUACUUGAGAAUGAAGUUAUCAAACCACGGAACAGGGAACGAGACCGCUUGUUCCAGAGUAGAAAUCCGUACUACAGAUAUGACUUGGAACCAUUUAGGGUGAGACGGAAAGACUUUUAUCUACUUUCUGCUGUCCCUAAGCUUUUAAAGGAGUUCAUUCCACACCUUUCGCAUGAAUCGGAUGGUCUCAUUUUUCAGGGCUGGGACGAUCCAUAUGUGCCUCGCACACAUGAAGGUCUUUUGAAGUGGAAGUAUCCAGAAUUGAACUCGGUUGAUUUUCUCUUUGAGCUAGGAAACAAUAAUCGCCAUAUGAUUUGUUUAAAUGAGCGUGGGAGAAGGAAGCCAAUGGAUGGAAGUCGGGUGGUUUUUAGAGAUCCAUCAGUAGAUGUAUUCUCAUUAUCUGGGAAGAUAAUAGAAUGUUCAUGGGAUUCUGAGGAAGAUGUUUGGGUCUUUAUGAGGAUGCGGCCCGACAAAUCGACACCAAAUGAAUUUAUAACCUUCAAAAAGGUUAUGAGGAGCAUCAAGGAUAAUAUCACUGAAGAGGUUGUAUUAAACGAGAUCCAUGAUAUCAUUCGUCUCCCAAUGUAUGCUGACAGAAUAAGAAGUGAUUGCAAAACCUUUGAGAAGAAUGGUAGACGGAAGUAGUAAAUUACUAUGCAAUAACACGAAUAAUCUACCAUAGAGACAUUCAAAGAUUGGUGUAGGAAAUUUCAACUGGAUUUUUAAAGAAAUCUUAUUGACUAAAAAAAUACAUACAAAGAAAUGGCUGGCUUUGAUGAUUGCUUGAAGAUGUUGCGUACACUAGGGUGGAGCUGUGCUGCCAAAUGACCAUCCGAUGAGCAAGGUCGGUCGUUUACUUAGCAUUUUGAUAACGAUGUUCCAAUAGUUUUAGGUUUAAAAGUUGUUAUAGCUUUAUACAUGGUUGGAAGUUUUUGCCAACUUAUAGACAUGGUAUUGAUAUUAGAUAUAGACCCUGUUGAGCAUGUGAACAUCAUGAGUAUGCUGCGUCAGUUGAUGUUUGAUGAUAGCAAUAUUAUUACAUCAAAUACGUUUAUUAGGUUUUUUGAUGGAAUCAGUAUCUGUUCAAAAAAUUUGAGUUAAGAAUA